AUGGCUUACAUGGCUUUUGCUAGUGUCGGAUACUUCACCUUACCUUUUCUUAUGGCUUCUGAAGUAUAUCCUUUACAGAAUCGGGGUCUACUUGGUGGUAUGACAACAACGUUUGCCAGUCUUUUAAUAUUUGGUAGCCUCAAAAUGACUCCCUCUAUGAUGGAUAAUAUCGGCCUUACCAAUACGAUGUUGAUUUUUGGCAUCGCCUCCUUACUGGGCGUUAUAUUCAUAUAUAUCUUUUUGCCGGAAACAAAGAAUUUGACGUUGCAGGAAAUUGAAGAGUAUUAUAGCGAUCUACGACCAACGUUGGUUUCUCAGAGAACAAACCUUUCCAACCUUGAAUCGAAAAGUAGUACCUCAAAUAAGAUAAAAGAUGUUUCGAAGAAAACUAUAGCAGCAACUUCUGCUGAUGUGAUAAAUUUAGCGAAUUCUAUUUUCAAAAACAAAAAAGCCAGUUCAGUACUCAACCUAAAUGCUGAUAAUAAAAAAGUACCAAGACCAAGUGCCGAUAGCGUUCUCCUUCAAAAAAUUGUUAAACUCGCAAAAACAAUUAAAAGUCGUAGAAAGAAAGGUUCUAAAGAAAAUAUUGAAGAACUGAAAAAUAAGGAAGGACCCGACCAUAUCACUGGGAAAGGGAAACUGGAAGGUAUUACAGAUACAUCAGAUAAGCCAGGGACGAGUAGAAAAUUAUCAAGGACAUCAAGCAAAUUUAACAUUUUGGAGCAACCAGAGCAACCAGCAGAAGUUGUACGUAAAAAAACGAAAAAACAAAGCGAUGAAAGUAUUAAAAGUACGACUAGUAAGAAAAGUAACCGAGAUAAAUAUGAUAGGAGCGACAGCGACUAG